UCUUCAAUUUCAACGGGAGUGAGUUUGGGUUUUGGGUAGAAAAAAAGGCGCCAACCAUGACCUACCUCAUCGUCCUCUUCGCCUACCGCAAGCCCGGCAUGUCCCCCUCAGAAUUCCGGGAAUACUGCGAAACCACGCACGUCCCGUUCCUAAAGUCUCUCCUUGGCUCUGUCGCGCCCAUCGAAUACACACGCAACUACAUCGCACGAGUCGACAGUGGCGCCGGCGAGCGUAUGGGGCUCUCGCACCUCUCGCCCAAAUUCGCUGACGGGAACACGCCCGUGGUGCUGAUCGGGAACCCGGAGGAUGUCACGUGGGAUGUGAUGAGCGAGAUGCGGUUCCGGGACGAGCUGCAUUUCCAGCAGUUUUUUGCGCUGAUAAAUGAGCCGGAGGUGGCGGAAAAGAUUGCAGAGGAUGAAGGCAGGUUUUGUGAUACGGAGAAGUUGAAGACGGUGGUUAUUGGGGAGACGUGUUCGACGAAGGCGGAUUCUUGAGUAAGCGCGGAAGGAAUUUUGAGAUGGUGGGUGCUGGUGCUAAGAAGAAAGGUCAUGGUAUGCUGUAUCCAACCACAAGAGCUUCACCAUGGCGGAGUGCCACUAUCAUCUCGAGCAUGCAUAUGCAGUCUGUAAUCGCACGUUACGGCCUCCCAAAGUCACCCAGCGCGCGGAAGCGAUGAAUGCGCCUUCUACGUUGAUAGAAUCGGAUGGAUCCUUUCGGACCGCUCGUGGAAUGUCGGAACGCUUUGAGGUCGAGGAUUUCGCGGUAGUGUAACCCCUGAUAUUACAAUUUGGAGCGUUUUAGCGAGUUGGCAGCAUUCACUCACAGAAAUAGAAGAUUUAAUACCCCAAGCCUUUAUAGAAACACACGCGUCUUUGAUUGGCCACAU